AUGCCGUCUCUUCCCUCCGCCGCAAAUCCUCUUCCUCGCAUCGUCACCUACUACCAAACUCACCAUGGCUCCGAUGGCAAGCCCAUCUCCGUCCUGCCACUUAUCACUCAGCCAGGUAUCGCCAUAACGUACGUCAUUCUUGCCGCUAUCUAUAUCAACGCGGAUCCCCUCAAGAUCACACUCAAUAACCACCAUCCGUCGCACCCUCGCUUCCAAACGCUAUGGGAUGAACUACAAGUUUUGCAAGCCUCGGGGGUCAAGGUCAUGGGCAUGUUGGGGGGCGCAGCCAAGGGGAGUUAUCAGCGACUUGAUGGCAGCGACGAGCAGUUUGAGCAAUACUACUGUCCUGUAAGGGAUAUGGUCCGCGACAGAGCACUUGACGGACUGGACUUGGAUGUGGAGGAGGAGAUGAGCCUGGGUGGUAUUAUUCGACUCAUCGAUCGGCUGAGGAGCGACUUUGGCAAGGACUUUAUUAUCACCCUCGCCCCUGUGGCCAUGUCUCUGCUCGACUUCACCAAGAACCUCAGCGGAUUCGACUACGAAGCCCUAGAAGUGAUGCGCGGCCGCGACAUCGCCUGGUAUAACACCCAAUUCUACUGUGGAUGGGGCGACUGCAGCAACUCAUUCAUGUACGACCUGAUGAUCGGCAAGGGCUGGCCCCCGGAGAAGAUUGUCGUCGGGCUCGUCACGAAUCCGGCCAACGGUGGCGGCUUCGUGCCCUGGAACCCGUUGAGUGCCGUGUUGACGACGCUCCGGGGUCAGUGUGGUAACUUUGGCGGUGUCAUGGGCUGGGAGUACUUCAAUAGCCUGCCAGGAGGGAAAGAGCGGCCGUGGGAGUGGGCGAGGCAGAUGUCGAUCCUGUUAAGAGGGCACUUGGUUGCGCAGGAUACGCAAGUUGAGACUGAGACCAGGAUGAACGCAGAUGAAGUCGAUCCUGAUGCGCCUGGAGGAAAGGAUGUCGAGGUCCCGGCAUAG